CGUUUGACUGUGAACGUGAGCCUCUGAUUUUAAACACUUCAAAGUCUGGCUGACUACCGCUCUCGCAGGUGUGUCCCAGCUUAGUGAUUAAUCGAGCACAUAAAAAAGAAAAAGGAGAAGAAGACCAUGAUUCUAGCAUCCACUUUACAUCUGAAGUGUUUGUGUGUUUGAGUUUACACAGCGAGACACAUCCUUGCCAGAGAGAGGUGUCCGUGCGUCCAGGGGUCCAGAUGUCCGUCAUGACUGCACAGCUGAGCCUGCUCUUCCUGGCUCUGAGCGCCGCCGGCCAGGAGCUGCCGUCCAGCCCCCACGGCUGCACCGAGGGAAGCUGUUACCCGGCAACCGGGAACCUGCUGAUCGGACGCUCCGUCAACCUGACGGCCUCGUCCACCUGCGGCCUGGACGGCCCGCAGCAGUACUGCAUCGUCAGCCACCUGCAGGAGCCGGACAAAUGCUUCGAGUGCGACUCCCGGCGGCCCCACGACCUGUACCACCACCGGAACAGCCACCGCAUCGAGAACGUGAUCUACCUGACGGGCGGCGACGGAGACCACACCUGGUGGCAGUCGGUCAACGGUAAGGAGGACGUGAGCCUGAGACUGAACCUGGAGGCCGAGUUCCACUUCACGCAUCUCAUCAUGAAGUUCAAGACCUUCCGGCCCGCGGCCAUGAUCAUCGAGCGUUCCGCUGACUUCGGCCGGACCUGGCGCCCCUACCGCUACUUCGCCUCCAACUGCACCAGGACGUUCCCGGGCAUCCCGUCCAACGGCCUGCACCACAUCAACGACAUCAUCUGCGAGGAGCGCUACUCCGACAUCGAGCCCUCCACCAACGGAGAGGUCAUCUACAAAGUCCUGGAUCCCUCCAUCCCUGUGAACGACCCGUACAGUCUGGACAUCCAAGAGCUGCUGCGCAUCACCAACCUGCGGAUAAACUUCACAAAGCUCAACACCCUGGGAGACGACCUGCUGGACCGCCGCUCCGACGUCCUGCAGAAAUACUACUACGCCAUCUACGAGCUGGUGGUCCGGGGCAGCUGCUUCUGCUACGGCCACGCCUCCGAGUGUGACCCGGUGCCGGGCGUCAACACCCGGGAGAGCGGCAUGAUCCACGGCCAAUGCGUCUGCAAACACAACACGGAGGGCCUGAACUGCGAGCGCUGCAGGGAUUUCCACCACGACCUGCCGUGGAGGCCGGCGGAGGCCGAGAACCCGCACACCUGCAGAGAGUGCAACUGCAACGGCCACUCCGGCCAGUGCCACUUCGACAUGGCGCUGUAUCUGGCCACGGGCAACGCCAGCGGGGGCGUCUGUGACGGCUGUCUGCACAACACCAUGGGACGCAACUGCGAGAUGUGCAAGCCGUUCUACUACCAGGACCCCAACAGGGACACCAGGGACCCGAGAGUCUGUGUUGCCUGCGACUGCGACCCGGUGGGAUCGUUGGACGGCGGCGUGUGCGACAGCCACACCGACCUGGACAUGGGGAUGAUUGCGGGCCAGUGCCGCUGCAAGGCCAAUGUUAAGGGAGCGCGCUGCGACGACUGCAAGGAGGCUUAUUACGGUCUGAGCCAGAACGACCCGCUGGGCUGCCAACCUUGCAACUGCGACCCUCGGGGGAUCAUCAUGAUGGGAGCUCCUUGUGAUCAGAUCAGCGGCGACUGCUCCUGCAAGAGAUACGUCACCGGACGCUACUGCAGCGAGUGCUUGCCGGAGUACUGGGGGCUGAGUAACGACCUGGCAGGCUGCAGACCAUGUGACUGCGACUUCGGUGGAGCCGUCAACAACAGGUGCAUGAUGGAGAGCGGCCAGUGCGACUGCAGGAUGCACCUGAUUGGUCGGCAGUGUUCGGACGUGCAGCCCGGCUACUUCUGCGCUCCGCUGGACUUCUACAAGUACGAGGCUGAGGAUGCUACUGGCCACGCCCCCGUCGACCCCGUGCUGCCGGGUAAGGUCCGUCCCCAGGCGGCCGACGACUGCAUCCAGCACCUCAGCAACCAGGCCCGGCGGCACCGCCGGCACCGGCGCAUCUCCAGCUCUCAGCAGUAUCAGACGGCGCUGAGGCGGAUCCGGCAGCUGCAGCAGACGCCCGACGUGACGGUGCUGAACCGGGAACACGGACGCAGCCACAUGGUGACCUGGACCGGGCCCGGCUUCGCCCGGGUCAAGGACGGAGCCGGCCUGGUGUUCACCAUCGACAACGUGCCCUACGCCAUGGAGUACGACAUCAUGCUGCGCUACGAGCCCGAGUCGACGGAGGACUGGGAGGCCGUGGUCAGCAUCACCUCCGAGCAGCUGCCGUCCAGCCUGCGCUGCGGGAACCUGCUGCCCACGGAGCAGCUGUACACGGAGACGCUGCUGCACCGCAACAGGUACAUCCAGAUGUCCAGGCCCUUCUGCUUCGAGCCCAGUAACCGCUACGUGGUCUCCAUCCGGUUCCAGCGCCACGGCGUGGCCCACCGACACCUGACCGCCUUCAUCCUCAUCGACUCGCUGGUUCUGAUCCCCAAGUACACGGAGCUGCCCGGUUUCCAGGGCAGUGAUCCGGAGGCGGAGCGGCGUCGGGAGAACAUGGUCCGCUACAUGUGUCUGGACUCGUUCAUGAUCACGCCCACGCCGGUGCUGGCGGAGAUGUGCUCCAGACUCAUCUGCAGCAUCUCCUCGCUGAUCCACGACGGCGCCCUGCCCUGCCACUGCGACCCCCAGGGCUCCCUCAGCGGCGAGUGCAACGAGGUCGGAGGUCAGUGCCGCUGCAAGCCCAACGUGAUGGGGCGGCGCUGCGACCGCUGCGCGCCGGGGACGUACGGCUUCGGGGUGAGCGGCUGCACGGCCUGCGACUGCCACUCCGAGGGCUCCUCCAGCCACCAGUGCAACCCGGUCACGGGCCAGUGCCCCUGCCGGCCCGGCGCCGUGGGCCGCCAGUGUUCGGACUGCCGGCCCGGCCAGUGGGGCUUCCCCAGCUGCAGCCCCUGCCAGUGCAACGGCCACGCCGACCUCUGCGACCCCCGCAGCGGCGAGUGCAGCACCUGCCGGGACGACACCGCAGGACACCAGUGUGAACGCUGCGUGGACGGGUUCUUCGGGAACCCGGUGCUCGGCUCCGGCGAGCGCUGCCGGCCCUGCCCCUGCCCCGGGAACCCCGGCUCCGACCACUUCAACGGACACUCCUGCCGGGCCGACGGCGCUGCCAAUCAGAUCGUGUGCGACUGCAAGCGCGGCUACGACGGUCCCCGCUGUGAUCAGUGUGCCCCCGGUUACUACGGCAACCCGGAGCAGGCCGGCGGCCGGUGCCUCCCCUGCGAGUGCAACAACAACAUCGACCCCCAGGACCCCGGGUCAUGUGACCCCAGGACCGGCCAGUGUCUCCGGUGCCGGUACUACACCGACGGGCCGUCCUGUGAGCAGUGUGAAUCCGGUUACUACGGCAACGCCUUGGUCCAAGACUGCAGACGCUGCACCUGCGUGACGGCCGGCGCCCUGCAGUCCAGCUGCCCCGGCGGACAGUGCCAGUGCGACCGCGAGUCCGGUGCCUGCCUCUGCAGGGACAACGUGGGCGGCCACAGCUGCGACCAGUGCGCCCCGAACCACUGGAACUACGGUCAGGACGGAGGCUGCGAGCCCUGCAACUGCGACCCGCGGCACUCCCUGGGGGCCCACUGCAACAUGUUCACGGGCCAGUGCCACUGCCGGCCCGGCUUCGGGGGGAAGCGGUGCACCGAGUGUGAGCAGUUCCACUGGGGAGACCCGCAGGUCCAGUGCGAAGAAUGCAACUGUCACCCGCUGGGCUCGGAGAUGGCCCAGUGCAACCAGACGAGCGGGCAGUGCGAGUGCCGGACUGGGAUGGCGGGCAAGCGCUGCGACGAGUGUGCCCGUGGCUACACGGGCGACUUCCCACACUGCGUCCAGUGUCACCCGUGCUUCCAGCUGUGGGACGACACCAUCUGCCAGCUGAAGAGGGACCUGGACGAUGUGGAGUACACCGUGCAGAGGAUCCUGGAGGGAGGGGCCACGCCCGGCGUCGGGGGCUCGCGCAUCAUGGAGCUGGAGAAGAAGCUGCAGCGGGUCCGGGAUCUACUCAGAACUCAAGACAGCGACGGGAUCCACCAGCUGAUAGGACAGAGCGUCGACGACCUCAGAGCCGAGAUCGCCCUCAUGGACGGACGCGUGAUGGACGUCGGCCGCGAGCUGAAUACCACGGACAGACAGAACGGGGUCCUGAAACGCACGCUGGACGACCUGGAGAAAGACCUGAGGGACAUCAACAACACCGUCGCCCACAAGCAGCGCCAGCUGGACGAUCACCUGACCUCAGGAUUCGCAGACCAGUUCGAAAAACUGAAGAAGGCCCACAAGGAGUCGGUGCAGGCGGAGAGGAGGUGCAACGCUACGACGGAGUCGCCGUCCGGGCCCGUCAGCCAGUCCAAGGCCACCCGGAACCGCACCGAGGACCUGCUGGACGCCAACCGGGACCGGCUGCUCCAGGCUCUGGGCUCCAUGAACCGCUCCAUCGACGAGCUGCAGGACGAGGCCAGUCACCUCGGAGAGAAGGUCCGGCGCCUCAGCCACAAGGUGUGCGGUGGCCAUGGCAACGCCACAGCCGACGGCAGAUGCCCAGACAGCCCGUGUGGCGGCGCGGGUUGCCGUGACGACCAGGGUAACCGCGUGUGCGGAGGAGAGGGAUGCGACGGGGCGGUGAGCGCCUCCGUAGCGGCGCUGAAGGAUGCUAAGAAUGUCACGGAGAGUCUGAAGGCCGCCGGUCAGGAGCUGCAGGGCGUCUCCAAAAAGCUCAAGGACAUCGCCUCCCUGGCCCAGGACGUCAAGGCCCAGGCCAUGAAGUCCAUGGAGAAAGCCCAGAAGAAGAAGGAACACUUUGAGAAGAACAACAAGAAGCUGAAGGACUUCAUCAAGGAGGUCAAGGACUUCCUGACGGAGGAGGGUGCUGACCCAGAGAGCAUAGAGAAGGUUGCUCUGCAGGUUCUGGCCAUCACGCUGCCCUUCAACUCGUCCACCCUGGAGAAGGUGAUCCAGCAGAUCCAGGGCAGCCUGAACAACCUGACCAACGUGGACCGGAUCAUCAACGAGACGUCGGGCCAUAUCAACACAACCAGGGAGCUGCUGGAGCGAGCUAGAGACGCCAAGAACCGAGCGAUGAACGUGAAGAACACGACGGCGGAGGUGAAGCAGGCUCUGAGUGAGACGGAGAAGGCCAUGAAGAAGUCCAGGGAGGCCCUGAGGGACGCCCAGGACAACCUGAACGGCACCAAGGAGGCCACGGCCCAGGUGGAGAAGAGGCUGGACGGGCUGGAGGGGAAGCAGAUGCAGCUCAUGAUGGAUCUGAGCAACCUCUCGUCCAGCGUGGAGUCUCUCCGGAACAAGACUGAGCUGAACCGGCGCAUGGCCAAGGACGCGCUGGCGCUGGCCAACAACGCCAGCAGGCAGGCGGCGUCGCUGGAGAAGAGCCUGAACGACACGGAGAAGCUGUACCAGCAGCUGCAGAUGAAGGUGGAGUCGCUGGGCGGGGAUGCGGGCGACGCCAACAUCCACCAGAAGGCCAAGAACAUGACGCGGGAGGCCAAGGACCUGCUGGAUAAAGCUCAGCGGGGGAUUCAGGACCUCGACAAGCUGCAGCAGCGGUUCCGGUCCAACGAGGAGCGGAUGCAGCGGCAGCGCGAGGAGCUGGACGACCUGAAGAGGAACGUGACGGUGGUCCGGGACGCCAUCCGGGAGCAGGUGCAGAAGUACAGCAACUGCCAGUGACGACGCCAUCGCCGUCGCCACGGCGACCGCCCCAGGACGCUCUCUCAUGACUCAGGCCGACAUCAGGCGAGGUCUGAACCCUCCGGACCCGGACUGAACCGGACUGAACCGGCUUUAACCGGACUGACCCGGACUGAACCCCCAGGGGUCGGAGCUCCACCGCCGGAUGUUCCACUUUAAGCUAUUUCAUCAAGUGAAUCACAUGUGGAUAUUUUAGUUCCAUUGAUCUAAUCUAAGUUUAUACGACAUAAACUACAAGAACAUAUCGUAAAUAUGACGUCGUCUACGGAAGAGUAUUAGGGCCAGGCAGGAGAAAAAUAAGAAUAAUAUUUUAGAGGAGGAAGAUUUUUUUUUCAUUAUACACUUAAAAUCAAUUUCGAGGAAAAAGUCGAAAUGUCGAGACAAAAGUCGAAAUGUCGAGAAAAAAGUAGAAAUUUCGAGAAAAAAGUAAAAAUUUCGUGAAUAAAGUUGAAAAUUCACCUUUUUUCUCAACAUUUCAAUUUUAUUCACGAAAUUUCGACUUUUUUUUUUUGAGAAAAAAGUUGAAAUGUCAAGAAAAAAGUCGAAAUUUCGUGAAUAAAAUUGAAAUGUUGAGAAAAAAGGUGAAUUUUCAACUUUAUUCACGAAAUCUUUACUUUAUUCUUGGAAUUGUAUUUCAACAUUAAUCUCGAAAUUUCAAGUUUUUUCCUCCAAAUUGUAUUUCAACAUUAAUAUCGACAUUUCGACUUUAUUCACGAAAUUUCAACUUUAUUCACGAAAUUGUAUUUCAACUUUAUUGUCGAAAUUUUUACUUUAUUGUCGAAAUUUUUACUUUAUUUACGAAAUUUCAACUUUAUUCUUGAAAUUGUAUUUCAACAUUAAUCUCGACAUUUCAACUUUUUUCUCGAAGUGCACAAUAAAAAAAAAAAUCUUUCCCUCUCAAAUAUUUUUUCUCCUGCUUGGCCCUAAUACUCUUCCGUAGUGAUUGUACUGCUGAGAGAGUUUGUUUUUUUUCCCCACGGGAUAUUCUGACAUUUCUUUGUGCAAAAUGUUUGAAUUAAUGUUGGAUGCCUGUUGUGUAGAAAAUAAAUGUGUAUCUUUCAUGAAAACAAUCACUCUGAAAUGUUUUGUGGAGGGAAAUAAAUGUGGUAAAGUUCAUGUUACCGUCA